AUGAUGUCACGGUGGGCUCCUCGAUAUUUCGAUAUAGGGGUCAACUUUUCCGAUGCUAUGUUCCAGGGCGUUUACCAUGGCUCUCGCAAGCAUAAACCCGACUUAGAAGCCGUGAUAGCUCGUGCUCGUAUGUUUAGAGUUGAUAAGAUGCUCGUCACUUCCUCGACGAUUUCUGAAAGCGAAGAUCAUAUUCAAUUGGCUCAGAACCAUCCAGGAGUUUUCUAUUCGACUGUAGGAGUACACCCGUGCACUGUGGCUGACGAGUUCUACUGUAAAGGCUCAAAAGAAUUAUUGCCGGAUGUCGAUGAAAAGCUCAACAAGCUCCGAGAAAUUACAGUCAAUGGCGCUAAAACAGGAGCUAUUAAAGCGUUUGGCGAAAUAGGCUUGGACUACGAUCGGUUACAUUACUCCACAAAGGACCAGCAGCGGACAUUUUUCAGUAAACAGCUCGAAAUUGCAGCGUCGUUGAAGCAUCUCAAGCUUCCUCUUUUUCUCCAUAUGAGAAACGCUGUAGAUGAUUUUGUAUCUAUAUUGAAGCCUUUUAUCGAUAGAGGAGACUUUCCAGCCAGUGGAGUCGUCCACUCGUUUACUGGAACCGAACAGGAACUACAUCAACUUCUUCAACUCGGCUUCAAAAUUAGUGUCAAUGGGUGUUCUUUGAAGACUUCGGAAAACCUUGAAGUUGCCGCCAAGAUUCCUCGAUCUCAACUAUUGAUUGAAACAGAUGCACCAUGGUGCGAGAUCAGAAAGUCUCAUGCUAGUCACAAAUUAUUGACGGGUUAUCCCAACCUUUUCUACCCAGAAAUACCAGGUAUGAACGACUUGAAAGAAUUAGCCAAAGGUAAAAAAUUUGAUGAAAGACUUCCAUUUCCCACAGCCAAGAGUGAUGCCGUAGACAGGAUAGAAGAGUCACUCUCUCAGUUUAAAGAUUCAGUAGAACCCAUGGCAAUUCAUCCAAUAGUGAAAUCCAGAAACGAACCUGUGUUCGUAGGCCAGGUUGCUCAAAUCAUGUGUUCCUUGUAUGGACUUGAGGAACCUGAACAGAUCCAGGUUUUCCUUGAUGAGGUCUACGACAGGUCUUGUGAAUUAUUUGGAGUCGAUUGA